AUGGAUAGAGGCUGGGAUCCUCAUCUCCAGAAAAUCAUGAAUAGUGCAGUUGGCAAUACAUCUGGUAGUGUACCUCAUCAUGAAGAUGGAAAAGAUAUAGGAUUUUCUACAAACUUCUUCACGGGUAAAGACUCUCAACAGUUACUCCCAGAACCAGGAUUUGCCUUUGGACCAUCUCCAAUGCAACAUACUCAACAAAUUACUGGUUCAUACGACCAGGAUUUGAACGUGCGAGGUCGUUAUAACAGCAUAGAACAUAAUGAAUCGACUGGAUAUUUGAUGGCACCUAGAGAGGAACCAACUUCUGCGGGUUUUACUUUUGCUCCGGGACCAAGGCAGCCUGGGCAAAGGAUUUCGCCUCUUGGUCCGAAUACAGAUGCGCGAGCUUCGUAUGAUAUUCCGGGACAUGAUCCACUUCAGGGGUACUUGAGUCGUCCUUUGUUUGAGUUCUCCCAACCUAUGCAAAGACUCGCUGCAUAUUCUACGACUGGUAUUGGUAAUGGGCAAGGUCGCUUAUCUCUUCCUAGAUUUUCUUCUCAUGUUGGCGGCCAAGCAGAAUCCAAGGCUCCCGUGGAACGAAAGGAACCAAGGAUUCUGACCAGAACAGAUAAUCACUUCAAACAGCAGAUCUUGCAGGAUAUCGAGUUGAAAACUAAAUCUGGAAAUAGACCCGCACAUCUUUCCAAUUCUGGUGUUGGUGAAGGACAGAGUCCUCUUACUCAGCUUGCCAAUAAUAUGAUCUCGCAGGCGUCAAUGUCGAUGCCCCGACCUAUGGGACUUAGCCCUCCAAAACAGAACAUUUUUCAGACCCAACUGGAGAGACCACAGCAGUUUCAGCAGCAGAACCAACAGGCUUUUACACCACCGUCUACUAGAAUGGACUUGAGUGCCUUCGCCUAUAGACCUCCUGAACGCAUAAAUACAUCCAUAAACUCUUCUCCUUCCGAACUUUCAGUUUCGAGUCCUAGUGCUAGAGUCAGUUCACGUCGAAAUUCGAAUCGCCGUUUACCUUCGCAAAAUAUAAAAGCCACAGGGCAGGGGCUUGAACACCAGUAUAAAACUCCACAUACACCUCAGAAUCAGGUUUCAUCGAGUGAGAGAUAUGCUCUAUCAUCGAGAGUCUCUCAAGGGCAGGAGAUCGGUCAUAGUUUAGAGCAUUCGGGUUUCUCGCCUGCUCAGACAUACCCUGGCAAUGCUGGACAAUUUGAAAAUGACCGUCAGAUUAUUCCCUUUGCGAAUGGACCACCAAUGGCACACGGAAUUCAGCUCAUCUCCCCUCAUGAACUUCCGGAUCGAUUUCGCCAAGUCUUCCCGUACGAAAUCUUCAAUGCUGUGCAAUCCAAAUGUUUUGCGCCAAUCUAUAAGAACAAUAAUAAUAUUGUUGUCUCUGCUCCUACUGGAAGUGGCAAGACGGCUCUUCUGGAACUUGCUAUUUGUAAGCUAGUUGAAAGCUAUGGUUCUGGACAGUUCAAGAUCGUAUAUCAAGCACCGAUUAAAUCUCUCUGUUCGGAACGUAUGAGGGAUUGGACCAAGAAGUUUAGUCAUUUGAAUUUACCUGUUGCGGAACUUACUGGUGACACUAGCAAUGCCGAAAUGAGUCGAGUAGGGAACGCAUCGAUCAUUAUCACCACACCUGAGAAAUGGGAUAGUAUUACACGAAAAUGGACGGAUUAUCAGAAGCUUCUGCAAUUGGUGAAACUUUUCUUGAUUGAUGAGGUUCAUAUCCUUAAAGACGCUAGAGGGGCCACUCUUGAGGCUGUAGUUUCUCGGAUGCAUUCUAUUGGAGCCAGUGUUCGGUUUGUUGCUUUGAGUGCUACCGUUCCUAAUGCACAUGAUAUUGCCACUUGGCUAGGAAGGGAUUCAAGCAGUCGACAAUUACCUGCUCAUCGAGAAACGUUCGGUGAAGAAUUUCGACCUGUCAAGUUACGGAAACAUGUUCAUGGAUAUGAGAGUCGUGCAAAUGAUUUUGCUUUCGAGAAAAUCCUUGAUGGCAAGUUGCCGGCUUUGAUUCAAAAAUAUUCUUGUAAGAAGCCUAUCAUGGUUUUUUGCUUCACAAGAAAAUCAUGCGAGGGCACGGCAGCUAUUCUAGCAGAACAUUGGACUCGACAAAGAGUUGUUGACCGUGCUUGGCCAGCUCCAACUAUUCGAACAGUGGUAGGAAGUAAAGAUCUACAAGAGUUGGUUGGAUGCGGUGUUGCUUAUCAUCAUGCAGGUCUUGAUGCGCAAGACAGAUGUGUUAUUGAGACAGCAUAUCUGAAAGGAGAUAUCAGUGUAAUAUGUUGUACUUCGACAUUAGCUGUUGGAGUCAAUUUACCUUGUCAUCUUGUGGUUCUGAAGGGGACAGUUUGCUUUCAAGAUAGUGGACUUGUUGAGUAUUCCGACCUCGAGGUUAUGCAAAUGUUAGGCCGUGCUGGAAGACCUCAGUUUGAUGAUAGUGCUAUUGCAAUCAUUAUGACUCGAAUGGAGAAAGCAGAUCGAUACAAAAAGAUGAUUUCGGGUCAAGAUAUCUUGGAGAGUACGCUACACUUGAAUCUUAUCGAACAUCUCAACUCGGAAAUCGGACUUCGCACCAUCAAGACUGCUUAUGAAGCCAAGAUUUGGUUAGGGGGGACAUUUUUGAGUGUCAGGAUGAGACAGAAUCCUAAGUAUUACACAUUUUCUGGGAUUGUUCCUAGUAGAGAUGCGGACGAACAGCUCGAAUUGGUAUGUGAGAGAGACAUCAAACUGCUUCAAGAAUAUGAGCUGGUCACAAAGGAGGUAAAUUUUUCGUGCACAGAUUACGGUGCUGCUAUGAGUCGAUACAUGGUUCAGUUUGAAACGAUGAAAUUAUUAUUGAGUAUUCCUCGUCAUUCGAAGACGGAAGUAAUCUUGAAUACCAUAUGCCAAGCAGCAGAAUUUAAAGACCUUCGAAUGAAGCCGAACGAACGAUCAAGUCUUCGAGAAUUCAACAAAUCACCAAUGAUGAAGUUUCCAAUCAAGGAGAAUAUAUCAACAACAGGUCAUAAAAUCUUUCUUAUGAUUCAAGUACAAUUAGGUGGCAUUGAACCAUUAACGAAUAACGACUUUCGAGUCAUCAGCCGACAGUUCGCGAUGGAGACUAAUAUCAUACUUGAACGAUUUCAACGCUUGAUUCGAUGUGUUGUUGAUUGUAAAUCUGUGGAUUGUGAUUCAAUCUCUGUACGUUGUGCUCUUGACCUUUGUAGGAGUGUUACAGCGGGUUACUGGGAGAAUUCAUCUUUACAAUUGAGGCAAGUUCCUCAAAUAGGACCAGCUUCUUUACGAAAACUGGCUGGGAACAAUGUCAAUACUGUUGAGAAGCUUGCUGGGCUUGAUACGGCAGGGAUUGAGAGAGUUAUGGGAAAGAAUCCUCCAUUUGGGAAGAAGAUGAAGGAUAAUUUGAUUGAAUUUCCUCAAUUGACUCUCACUACUCAAAUUGUUGGGAGAGCCUUUUCAAAAGUAGGAGAGCAACCAAAGAUUAAUGUCAAUGCUGUACUUGGUUAUGCGAAUGCAAAGGUACCGAACUGGUCCGGUAGGAUACCUUCAAUAACCUUCAUAGCCGAGACAUCUAGCGGUACUUUGGUGUAUUUCUCGCGUAUGAACAUCAAAAAGUUGUCGAAUGGUGGUUCUAAACAAGAGUUUACUGUUGAACUUUCAUCACCGGAUGAUGAGAUCAAAUGUUGGCUUGCAUGCGAUGAGAUUGUUGGUACUCUGAAAUCUUGCGUUCUACAGCACCAUGUUCCCGCAUCUGAGUUUCCUCCUCCGAAAGUUAUGGUUGAGCGGCCGAGCAUAAAGAAGUCUAAGCCAGAAUAUAUGGGAACUUCUGAUGAAUUCGAUGAUGGUAUUGAUGAUGAUGCUAUGCUCGCAGUAGCUAAGCAAAUCGAAGGUGGACGUCGAGCUUCUAGUGAUUAUGGCUCGGAUGCUUUUGUUGAUAUUGAUACAGUUAGUCUGGGCAAUUUCAAAGAGGAUAAGAAAGCCAAAGGAGACAUCGUCGAACUAGAGCCUGUGAAGAUGGAAAAUGGAAAAUGGGCUUGUAAUCAUCAUUGCCGUGAUGGAAAUCCUUUGAAAAACGGUCAGCUCUGCAAGCACAGGUGUUGUAGGGAAGGUUUGGAUAAACCUAGAAAGAUUACGAGAAAGAAGUCUUCCACUGGAAUUACCGAAUCUCAAGCUUCGAAGAUUGACGAUAAGAUUAAGGGGACUGUGACCAAGUCCAAUAUGAGCAAUACUCAACCUUCUGGUACCAAACAGCUCUCGAAGCCGACCAAGAAACCUAAGAUUAUGCAAUCGUUGGGUCCAAGUUCGGAUCAAGACGUUGUUGAAGUAAUUGAUCUUUCGAAAACUUUGCCUCCAGUAACAUACCCCGAUGUUGCUCCUAGAGAUUAUCGCAAAUUACAUAACUUGCACACAAGUAUUCAAAAAGAUACAUCUGUUCGACUUCCAAAAGGCCAAACCAAGUUCUCUUAUGCAAGUGGACAAAUGACAAAUCUUUCAUUCAUGGAUGCUGAUGGCUUUAAGGACGAGCAAAAAAAUGAAUCGGAACAUUUUGAUUCUGAUGAGUAUGAAUUUCCUUCUCCUUCUGCUCUUUUAAGCAGUGAAAAGCAAGCGUCUAAAGGUUUUCCUGUCUCUGCAACUCAGUUACCACCUCCAGCUAUGGGCAUGGAUAUCUCUAGGCAAGAUAAAAAUGAGCAACAAACUCUUUCAGAUGACCCAUUUGAAGAUUCAUCUGGUAGUCUCGAAGCUGCGAUGAUAGGUUUGGAAGAUUCUAUCAACCUUCGAACUGCUCCAGCUACUCCCAAGCUCAAUACAAGCUUCGCUAAUAAUGUGUUUGACUUUGCGGCAUUCAAUUCUGAGGAAGUCAAUGAACAACAAUUCUCUAGUCCAUUGAUGAGCCAGAUGCAAAAAGAAUAUCAUGAAGGAGAAGAUGAUGAGAUUGAUAGUAUUGAUGUUGGUAUGCCAUCUGCAAAGCGUCAGCAGUCAAGUCCGUGGAUGAAAGAUUUCCAAAAUGGUAAUGUGAUGGGAUAUGAGCAGUGGAGUGAAAAUGAGAACGAGGAUAAUGAUGGUCCGGUAUUGCCUCAGAUGAAAAGAAGAAGGAUUGAUGUGGAAGGUGAGGAUGAGAUUCGUGGAGGUAUGGAAAGCACGGGAAAGGAUUCGGAAGACGCUAUUAAAUAUACUAGUGGAAGUAGUGCUACAGUAUGGAUCAAUGAGAUGGGUUCUAGAACCAUGGAAUCGGAUACAGGGAAUGGCGGUGAUAAUGAGCAGAGUGAAAAUUUGAAGGCCGAUGUCCGUCAAGAACCUGCUUGGGUGUGUGAGAUGGAUCCAGAUUUCAUUGAUAUGUUUAGAGGAUAUGUGGAUUUUGUUGAAUGA